CCGACUCUCCUUCAGAGCCAAUCCUCAUCAACCACAAUACAAAGAUGCCUUCCGGUCCCGCGACCAUCGGGGACUUCUCCGUCCUCCCUGUUGCCAUCCCGCCAAUACCGUCAUUUCCCCACAAUGUCGUGCACUACCUCUACGUACGGCGCCACACGCCCAAGAUUCCCACUCCGACCGACGACCGCAGCCUCUUCCUGACCAAUGUCCCCGCCGACAGCACCGAGGCGCACCUCCGCGCCCUGUUUGCGUCUCUCGUAGGCGCCGGCCGCUUCGAGAGCGCAAGCUUUGAGAGCAAGCGGAAGGACGCGCACUCGCAGACCCAGUCCCUCAUCGACGCCGCGCAGCCGGCCCACGCGGCCCGCCUGCUCCAGGCUCACGGCAAGAAGCGCAAGCGAGAGGACGAGGAGGCCGAGCGGGCGCGGGAGGAAGCCGCCGCCCGGCUGCCCAGCACGUGGACCCGACCCCUGCGUAGGAGCGGCAACACCGCGGUCGUCCUCCUCGCCGACGAGAAGAGCGUGGAGCAGGUGCUCAGGGCGAUCGCCAAGACGCACAAGACGAAGAAGUACCCCACCUGGGGGGCCGAUGACGGCGCCGGCGGUGGUGACGUGCUGGCCGGCAAGGUCCCGCCGUUGGGUUCGGUCUGGCUCAAGGCCCACAACCGGCUCUCGUACCCGGACAAGGCGGCCCUGCAGGCGUCGGUGGACGCCUUCUCGACGCUGUUUGCCCAGCGCGAGCAGGAGGCGGCUGAGAUCGCCAAGAGGCUGCGGAACGAGCCGGACGAGGACGGCUUCGUCACCGUCACCAGGGGUGGUCGGGCCGCGCCGGCCAGCCGCACCGAGGCGGAGGAGGCAAAGCGCAGGAUGCUGGAGAAGCAGGAGAAGAAGAAGCAAGAGCUUACAAACUUCUACCGGUUCCAGCUGCGGGAGCGCAAGAAGGAGGAGCAGGCCGAACUUCUCAAGAGGUUCGAGGAGGACCGGAAGAAGCUCGAGGCAAUGCGGGGGAAGAAGGCCAAGUUUGUGCCCGAGUCUUGAUGUGUUGCGCGCUGUCGCUACGGGAAUGGACAGAUGAUGUACCUGUUCUACGGCCGUUGCCAGCAGACGAAGAAGAAGAAGAAGAUAAAAGGCAUGGCACAACCCAGCAGGGCUACGAGGUUGCCUCCAUGUGGGGGGCCAACCACCGAUUGCAAAGAACCUGGCACAAUUUUGAGAUUGCAUCGACAAAAACAGUCAAGGUAUCAGAACGGUGGAUUUGCUUGAUACUGAAGAGCGCGCGACUGGAGGGCGGCCGACUUGAGAUGAUGUGGGAGACCCGUUGGUUCGGUUGACCAAGUGGGCCGUUCCCGACCUUCCCUGAUCGGAGGGUUUCAGGGACCACGACAAAUGAAACAAA